AACAGUUGCACAUUAAGUCCUGUAGGAAGAACUAGACACAGAGCUCUCUCACACAGAAUCUUAUAUAUAGUUGUAUUUUACUGAAAUAGUAUGGAUCCCUUUAAAAUAAUACUUUGUGCCUUGGCGGCACGCGUAUGCUGCCUGGCUGUAAAAACAACAUCAAGGUCUGAAGUCCGAGAGAAGUUUUCUGAGGAAGACUUACCGCCGCAUAGUAAGGAUAUAGAUAACACCACUGAAGCUGAACGUGAACGUUUAGAGAAGUUAUACUCAUUUUUGGAGAAAUCUGGCAUUGAUACUGAUAAGGCAGAAGAACUAGAUGACCAAGGCCAGGCACUGUUAACUAGGAUUAAAGCUUUAGUUGGCGAUUCCAAUGCUAAGGCCAUUGCAGUGAUAGCCUCAAUUGCUGCGGAUAUUGGCAAAAGGGCUGGUAAUAAGUUAGAGGACUCCCCGGAGAAAAGCACUACCUACUUGUUGGAGCAGAUUGCUUCCACUAUUGAAGCCCAGGGUGGUAAGUUUGACUACGGCAAAAUAGGAGAGGCACUUCACAAAUGGGUGGCUACAUUGGUACCCACCGGGAGUGGGCAUAGUGACGAACUCUAGC